GCAGCUACAAGUGAUGAUUACAAGAAUCCUGGAUACUAUGACAUCAAAGCAAAGGAUCUGUCUGUGUGGCAUGUGCCGAAUGUGACACCCAUGAAAGACUGGAGAAAUGAUGCUUUGUACAGGUACCACACUGAGAGCGCCUUCCUGCCGGCUGAAGGAGGAAAUCUGUUCCAUCUUUAUGAGAAAUACCCUGUAAGAUACGGCAUUGCAAGCUGCCCCACUGGCAACGGCCCAGCUGUGCCCAUUGUAUUCGACAAAGGCAAUGCCCAAAAGGUCACUGACUAUUAUUCACCUAACGGAAGAGGCGAAUUUACUGCAGGGUACGUCCAGUUCCGAGUGAUCAACAAUGAGCGGGCGGCGCUUGCCCUCUGCUCUGGGCUGAAGGUCAACGGCUGCAACAGUGAACAUCAUUGCCUCGGUGGGGGAGGGCACUUCCCUGAAGCGGCGCCCAGGCAGUGUGGCGACUUUGCCGGUUUUGAUUGGGAUGGGUAUGGAACCCGUGCAGGCUGGAGUACAAGCAGAGAGAUCACGGAGGCC